AUGGGUGACCCUCCGAAGAAGCAGCAUCGGAAGAGGCCGAAGAAGUCAGUUCCUGGAUUCAACGACGACUCGGAGCACCGACGAGCCCUGCAACACGAGCCACGUGGACGGCAACCACGCACCGGCAGAUCGCCUCCUGCGUUGAGACGGAAGCGCGGGCUGAAAGCACGUACGCUACGUGCACUGUCGGCUGACUCGUCGAGCUCCACGCCGUCAUGCCCGCCUACGCAAGUGAGUGCGACGCCUUCCGCGCGCGCCCCAAUUGCCCUGGAUACUCCCUUCCGCGCGUUUCCUUUUGAUGCGCCGAAGACUACUCCCAGCGGCCAACACGCCGCAUCGUCCGCUUCAAUGGACACCGCCGCAGAGGCCCCCACCUCGGCUGCCUCUACCGACGACGAUGCCAGCUGCCCGUCGACCGGCGACACCGACGAGAAUGCCGGCAUCUUCUUCUUGCCAACCGCAAGCAUGAUUGGUGCCGACACUACGUCCUCCCGUACGAACGCGACCACCUCGCCCGAGGCAAGUCCUGUCCGGCCGGUUUCUCCACCACUGUCGUCGCCGGCGGCCUGCUGGUCGCCACCGCUCACCAACACCGAGCCCACUGCACCUGCGGCGGAGAAGGGCUCGCGCUCGGCGGCAGUGGCUGCUCCCGUCGACGACGACGACCCAGCUGACGGCCCCUCGUACAACGAGAGCCGGCCGAGAGCGCCCACCCCUGCCCCAACUGCUGAGGGAACAGGGGAGCUCAUCCCCAGAAGCUCUCCGCUGCUGCUCGCGGCCGCCGAGGACGCCCAAGCCUGCCAGCCGGCAGCGGUACAGCCAAAACAAGCCUCAAGCCUCAAUUACCGACGGUUCGUCGACUUCGAGCCGCACACCCCACCCGUUUACGGCGGCGUCGCUCGCGAUACCGCCGUCACGGUCCACUACCGUCCCAUCGGGCGCAAAGCGACUUUCCUCGCACUCUCAAGGGACGGUAUCGCUGCCCAGCUCUCCUCUGUGCCAGGCGUGAGACGCGUUCGCGUGAACUUCCGCCGGAAUGUGGUGGCUGCUGACGUGGCGCGCGGUGCCGACUUGGCGCCCCUCCUCGAAGUGUGCGACAUCGGCGGCGUGGCGGUGCGCCCCAAGGCGCUACACAGCAACUCCUGUGGCCGAUCUUACAGUGACGCCCUGCGCGGUCGCAGCACCCAUACAGCCGCAGCUGAGCCGUCACGCGGUCCUCCAACCACUUUGAACGACGACCCCAGAGACGCGCUCAUAGCCGCUCUCGCCGCCGCACUCCGUGCCCUGCUCGUCCAGUGUCCAGCCAUUGACGGCAACGUUCGUCAAAUGUGUGAAGCGGCUCUCGCCGCGCAAGCACUGCUUCAUCACGGCUAG